AUGGUCCAGGGACAGAAUCCUCCGCAGGGAGGGUCGAGAAAGAUCUCCUUCAACGUCUCUGAUCAGUAUGAAAUUCAGGAUGUGAUCGGAGAAGGUGCUUAUGGUGUUGUUUGCUCUGCCAUCCACAAGCCUUCGGGCCAGAAAGUUGCGAUCAAGAAGAUUACGCCUUUCGAUCACUCCAUGUUCUGUCUGCGCACUCUGCGCGAGAUGAAGUUGCUGAGAUACUUCAAUCACGAGAACAUCAUUUCUAUCCUUGACAUUCAGAAGCCACGCAGCUAUGAAACUUUCACCGAGGUGUACCUCAUCCAGGAGCUGAUGGAAACCGACAUGCAUCGUGUGAUCCGUACUCAGGAUCUGUCCGAUGACCACUGCCAGUACUUUAUCUACCAGACACUCCGGGCGUUGAAGGCGCUGCACUCUGCCAACGUUCUCCACCGUGAUUUGAAGCCGUCGAAUCUGCUUCUCAACGCGAACUGUGAUCUGAAAGUCUGCGACUUUGGUCUUGCCCGCUCUGCGGCGUCCACUGAUGACAACUCUGGUUUCAUGACUGAAUACGUUGCUACUCGCUGGUACCGUGCGCCAGAAAUCAUGUUGACCUUCAAGGAAUACACCAAGGCGAUUGAUGUCUGGAGUGUCGGUUGUAUCUUGGCGGAGAUGCUGAGUGGGAAGCCGCUGUUCCCUGGUAAAGAUUAUCACCACCAGCUUACUCUGAUCUUGGACGUCCUUGGCACUCCAACCAUGGAAGACUACUACGGAAUCAAGUCUCGUCGUGCUCGGGAGUACAUCCGUUCGCUGCCUUUCAAGAAGAAGAUUCCCUUCAAGGCUCUUUUCCCGAAGAGCAACGAGUUGGCUCUGGACCUGCUCGAAAAGCUGUUGGCCUUCAACCCGGCGAAGCGGAUUACGGUCGAAGAGGCCUUGCGCCAUCCGUAUCUGGAGCCAUACCAUGACCCCGACGACGAACCCACGGCCCCUCCGAUCCCGGAAGGGUUCUUUGAUUUCGACAAGAACAAGGACAACCUAAGCAAGGAACAGUUGAAGCUUCUCAUUUAUGAGGAGAUUAUGCGGUAG